GGAGGGCUCCGCCCCCUCCCGCAUAGUUUCCCCACCAAUCAAGCGGGCGACCCUCGCGCCGCACGCGCGCGCGCCCCACAUCCUCCUUCUGAGGGAUUUAACAUGGAGGCGGCCGGGCGAGAUUGCCCUUUCAAGCAUUUAAUUGAAACUCUGGAUGACAGGACAGACAAGAAGUUCUACAAUGUUGCUAAACUAGGCGCCAAAUACGAUACCCUGCCUUACUCCAUACGGGUCCUGUUGGAAUCAGCCGUCCGCAACUGUGAUGGCUUUCUAGUGAAGGAAGAAGAUGCCAUGAACAUUUUGGACUGGAAAGCGAAACAGAACGUCAUUGAAGUGCCCUUCUGCCCUGCCAGGGUCGUCCUCCAAGAUUUUACUGGGAUUCCUGCAAUGGUGGAUUUUGCUGCUAUGAGGGAAGCUGUGAAAAAUCUUGGAGGAGAUCCUGCAAGAGUCCAUCCUGCCUGCCCAACAGAUCUCACUGUGGACCAUUCUCUACAGAUUGACUUCAGUAAAUGUGCAAUGCAGAACACUCCCAAUCCGGGAGGUGGGGAUCCACCGAGGUUGCCCUCAAAGCUUUCUCCCGUGAAGGGUCCUCGGAAGCUGCCCUGCAGAGGCCAGUCCAGCUGCAAAGGGCCAUGUGAUGGAGAAUCAAAGCGCAACUCGGGUCAGCUUUCCGUGCAGAUUGAGAACACCCCCCUGCUGUGUCCUUUUCAUCUUCAGCCACUGCCUGAGCCAGAAACAGUGUUAAAAAACCAGGAAGUGGAAUUUGGUCGGAACAGAGAGAGACUCCAGUUUUUCAAGUGGGGGUCCAGAGUUUUUCGAAAUGUCUCGGUAAUUCCACCUGGAACAGGGAUGGCACACCAAGUAAACCUAGAAUACUUGUCAAGAGUGGUAUUUGAUGUUAAAGGUUUCCUGUAUCCAGACAGUGUCAUUGGUACAGAUUCCCAUACGACAAUGGUGAAUGGCUUGGGAAUCUUGGGAUGGGGUGUGGGUGGGAUUGAGACAGAAGCCGUCAUGCUGGGAUUGCCCAUCACGCUCACCUUGCCCGAAGUGGUCGGGUGUGAACUAACGGGCUCCGCCGACCCUCUUGCCACCUCGAUAGAUGUGGUCCUGAGCAUCACUAAGCAACUGCGUCAAGCAGGAUUUUCUGGAAAAUUUGUGGAGUUCUUUGGGCCUGGAGUUUCCCAGCUCUCCAUAGGUGACCGAACCACCAUAGCAAAUAUGUGUCCAGAAUAUGGUGCUAUUCUGAGCUUUUUCCCUAUAGAUAAUGUGACGCUAAGGCAUUUAAAACAUACAGGCUUUGAUGAGGUCAAGCUUAAGUCCAUGGAAGCAUAUCUUAAAACUGUGAAACUAUUUAGAAAUUAUCAGAGCUCCACUGAAGAACCAGAAUAUUCCCAGAUUAUACACAUAAACCUGGAUUCUAUAAUGCCCUAUGUGAGUGGUCCCAAGAGGGCACAAGACAGAGUUGCCGUGACAAACAUGAAAAACGAUUUCCAGGCAUGCCUAAAUGAAAAGGUCGGCUUUAAAGGCUUCCAGAUCGCCCCCGAAAAGCAAAACGACGUGGUUCCUGUUGAGUAUGAAGGGAACGAGUACAGGCUGGCUCAUGGGUCGGUCGUCAUUGCGGCCGUGAUCAGCUGUACAAACAAUUGCAACCCCUCGGUGAUGUUAGCAGCAGGUUUGUUGGCCAAAAAGGCCCUUGAAGCUGGUCUGACUGUUAAACCUUACAUGAGGACGAGCUUAUCACCUGGGAGCGGAAUGGCCACGCACUAUCUCAGUUCCAGUGGGGUGUUGCCGUACCUCAGUAAACUUGGAUUUGAGGUCAUUGGCUAUGGAUGUUCCACGUGUGUCGGGAAUACCGCUCCUUUGCCGGAAGCCAUUCAGAAUGCAAUUGUGGAGGGUGACUUGGUUGCUUGUGGAGUUUUGUCUGGAAACAAAAACUUCGAAGGCCGUCUCUGCAGCUGUAUCCGUGCCAAUUACCUUGCCUCUCCACCUCUAGUUGUUGCUUAUGCUAUAGCAGGAACUGUGAAUAUUGAUUUCCAGACUGAGCCAUUAGGAACCAGUCCCGAUGGCGAAAGUAUCUUCUUGCGUGAUGUUUGGCCCACUCGGGAGGAAGUUCAGCAAGCGGAAGAGGAGUUUGUAAUAUCGUCCAUGUUUAAGGAGCUGAAGGAAAAAAUGGAGAAAGGAAAUAAGCGAUGGAACUCCCUGGAAGCACCCGAAUCAGUUUUAUUCACAUGGGAUUUGAAGUCUACAUACAUCCGAUGCCCUUCGUUUUUUGACAAGCUUGCCAAAGACCCACUUCCCCUUCAGGGUAUCGAAAAUGCCCACGUCUUACUAUAUUUGGGGGAUUCAGUCACAACAGAUCACAUCUCGCCUGCAGGAAGUAUUGCCAGGGGCAGUGCCGCCGCCAGAUACUUGACAAGCAAGGGCCUCACACCCCGUGAAUUCAACUCUUACGGCGCUCGAAGGGGAAAUGAUGCUGUGAUGACAAGAGGAACCUUUGCAAACAUCAAGCUUUUAAAUAAAUUCAUUGGGAAACCAGCUCCUAAAACCAUUCACUUCCCUACAGGACAAACGCUGGAUGUUUUUGAUGCAGCUGAGUUAUAUCGGAAAGAAAAUAUCCCUUUGAUUAUUUUAGCAGGCAAGAAAUACGGACUGGGGAGCUCAAGAGACUGGGCCGCGAAAGGACCGUUUUUACUGGGCGUGAAAGCAGUUAUUGCUGAAAGCUACGAGAAGAUCCACAAAGGCCAUUUGAUUGGAAUGGGCAUUGCCCCUCUGCAGUUUCUCCCAGGGGAAAAUGCACCUGCUUUGGGCCUGACGGGCAAAGAGCAGUUUUCUGUCUCAUUUCCUCAAGAGUUGUCCCCUGGAAUCACCCUAAAUGUAAAGACAAAUACAGGUAAAGUAUUCCACGUGCUUGCGUCAUUUGACAACGAUGUGGAAAUGACAUUGUACAGACACGGUGGCGUUCUGAACUACAUGGUCCGAAGGCUUUCAUAGAGCGCUGUUCACUUGCUGAGGACUGGGCACAGACCUCACUCCCUCGAUGGAACUGCCUACAGUCCUGCUGAGCUCAGAUACUUCGUCCAUGGAUGUAAAAGAUUGCGAGUUGUUGUAGUGAUGCAGCAAGAUCCUUCCGGAUUUUAAAGUAAUAUUCAAAUGGUGCUAUUGACAUUGCUAAAAAAUUGACGUGUGUGUCGUGAAAGAGAACUGUAAGUAUGGGGGAGGGAGGAGGGGGGAUAUUAGACUAUUUUGUAAAUAAAUGAUGUGAAACCUGAAACUGAAUUGUGGUGAAAAAUUUAAGCAAGAAUUUCUGCAGUUAUUGUCUCCCUUGGGUUUGGCAAGUUUUAACUUCCUAUUGCUAUGUGUUAGUUUGCAGACAGCACAUGGUCUGGAAUGUUAAGGUCGGAUAGUUUUCCUUUUUAUUCAGGCAUCCCACUUUCCAAAUCAAAAGCCAGUCUUAGAUCGCUGGAUUUGGCCAUAGAUUAGAAGGUUGAAGGGAGCCCAACGUAGAAUCGGUAUAUGAUCUAGAACAUUUUCUGUGAAGAAUGCCAAGAUGAAGAAUCCGGAGCGUUUGUAGUGGCAAACAGAUAAAAUUGCAGCCUAGCUUGUUGCACCAUACAAAGGUACUAAUGAGCUUUUGACGUGUGACUAGCACGGACCUGCACUGGGAGAACUUGCCGUGCAAGAGGCAGUCUGUCCCCUAAUUCGUCUUGGGCAGCUAAAGGUGUUCCCCUUCGCCAGUUGAGGCUGGGAAAGGCCACAAGCCUCGCAUGCCCCUGCUUUCUAGGCUUGCAAAGCUUGUCUCUUCACAGAUACUAGAGCAGGAGCUUCUGCCGCCCUUCACUGAAACGCUGAGCUGCAGCAACAGGUUCCUGCUUGUCCCCUUCUGAGUACUCUGUCCUUUUGAUAAACCACCCAAAAUAGAUGGAACGAUUUGGCCCGAGGAAGGUUGUAAAUAACCCCUUGGAUUGCUGAGGCCCUGUGGCCCUGUGCUCACACCCGGUCCAGUGGCCACGCCUAGAGGCCCCUGCAUUCUAGCCCACACCGCCAGACAUGCCCGUGCCAUUCUCUGCUGCAGUCGCUUGGGCGGUGUCAGCACUGCUGGAGGGAACAUUUGCCUUGACGUGUAAGAGUAGAUGCUGCCUCUUGGCAUCAAAGAAGGCAGGUGGGUCUUCACUGAGUCAUGUCAGCUUAGUUUUUUUACCCCAGGUUCCGUGGAAAUGGCUUUAUUUGCAAUGUGACCUAUGGUUAAUUAUUUUAAUAGUGAGAAGCAAUCUGUAAUUAAGCAUUACCUCCUCCACCAGCUGUACACAUUGUUGGUUUUACACUGUGGUGAUUUCUGCUGCAGAAAAGAUGUUCUUCGUAAUUAAAUUUUAAUUUCAGUUUACUGUAUAUAAAGCUGCUUUUAAAAAUCAUGCAGUAGAAUGUACAAUAUAUUCAUGAAUAUUGUACCACAUAAAAUAUCUACUGAGUUCUGACUAAUUUGGAAAGUUAUUAGAUUCUGAUGGGGAGGUCAAAUGACAUGUAAAUGUAAAGGACACAAAUGUACAAUUUUGUUUGGCAACACAAAAAACCCGCAUUUCUUUCUGGACUCUUUGGAACUCAGCUUAACUUUUCAGAUGAGUAGUGCCGAAAAUUCUUUUAAGGACUUGUCCUGUGGCAUUUCUUCGAGUCUUCCUGUGAAUUGGGCAUUUCCUAUACCAUUCCUGCGGUGCUGUCUGCAUUUUUUCAGGACUAACCCCUUUCAGAGAUUUCAGUGUUGACACACUAGCAAAGGCUUCCACAUCACUGAGGUGUGAGCAAGAGUGCUUGGAGGUGCAGUUUUGUUCUGACAAAAGCAAAUGGCAGUUGAUACCAAGGCUGCCUUGAGCAGUUUUCAGUCUGACAGCAGCCGUAAUGUCAAUUGUAGUGUUCUAGUGUGAGGGGCUUCACACUGCCACAGUGUAAUCGAUGCUAGUGCUGGUGUCCAAUCUGAUAGCGCCCCGUGUACACUCUCCAAAUUAGCUUUUCCAGCCUGGGAUGGUCUUUGUUCGUGGGACGAGCUGAUGGUCUUAGCAUUUUCUCCCAAAGGCUUGCAGCCAGGGUGCCUCAUACUCGGUGUUUCCUCAUACUAAACUGAGAACCGCAUUUGCCAGCCUUGCUUUGAAGGAACCUAGAUCUUUAAAUAUUUGCAACUCAAGUGCAAGCUUCUACAUUGCUUGCAUGCAGCUGAAGAGCACGCCCAGAAAUUGCACAGAAUUAUGAAUGUGAAUGCCAUCGAAAAAGCUUUCAUUGAUGCCCUCAUAUCGGCACGUGAGUCUAUGUAUUUCUAAAAGCAACCGCAUUUCAUGCUAUCCUUCUGUACUCUGAAUUAGGUUGAUGGAGAGUUGCAGUCAUUUUCUGAAAAAUGCAUGGACUGUUGCUGUAUUUCAUGGUUGUGAAAGUUUGAGCAGGCUUUAUGAUUCUGGCCUGUGGCCAUUGGCAGGAAGUUGUUCACAUAAACGGAGCUCAAAUUUGGAUGCUGCCAGGGGUGGGUGAAAGCUGCUGUCAUCUGGUUUCCUCUUCCAAACAUGAGAAGUUUCUGCUUUUUAAGUUGGAAGUAAUCUCCCAUGAAUUCAAUAAGAUUUACUUUAGUGCAAAAGUGGCUGAACUUGAACUGCCUGUCUCAGACGUAGGUGGGUGUUCACUCUAGAUCACACUCAUAGACACACUGAGGGGAAUUCCACACACCUGCCUGAUAAAGGCAGAAGCGAGCAUUCUUUGCAUAUCAUACAGAAGCUGCAAAAGGAGAGUAGGGGGCAGUGUUUGCUCUUUUUCUAACAUGGUGAGGUCGUUCUCUGCAUGGUCCUCUUGGUUUGACAGAAAACCCAACUACUAAAACCUUUGUUCCAUCUCUUAGCAAUGGCACGAUGUACUUUAUUCAGAAAGGCUUGGGGGUGAAUCCACAAGUUAAAUGGUGUUGUUCAGCCAGGAACAGGGCAAAACCAUAGAAACUGGAACUAUAUUUUGUCUUCAGGUUCUUCUCUUCUGUUUGGAUUUGGAAGAGACUCUUUGAAUUUCAUCCCUUCAAAAAGAUUCUAUUAGCAAAUUGGGCACGGGAGGGACUGUUCAUAAAUUACGCACCUGCAAAAUUAUAAAUGCAUUUUAUUAAUCACAUGUAAGCAACUGCAAAUGAAUGUCUGCUCUUUUAAGCCAGCAUAACAGUAUCAAAUGGUUUUAAGUUCACUGAUAAGUAUUGUAUAGAAAUCUUAAGACAAAGUUCAAUUUGCUGACAAUUGUGCAUAAAAUGCUAAACUGAUGUAAAUUAUUUUUAAUAAAGAAAGUUGUACCAUGA